AGUGUUUGUCUUCCCUCAUCUGCCUGCUCUAUCUUUUCCAAACGUUAUGAAACAAAUAAAGAAGAAAAAGAUGAAUUUUUCUGGGUUCAUCAACUUCCUCCAGUUAAUUUAACUUUAUCGCAAUCAUUUCACAUGUAUUCUUCUGAUAGUACUACAACUAGUAUAUAAAUAAACAAAAAAGUUGUUAAUUCUGAGCAAAAGAGAACAAAAAGAAAGAAACCUCCACCCAAAAUGGGUUCCGAGCAGAACAGAUUCCCACAGCAAGAACGGAAGAGAUGGGGAGGAUGUUGGGGGGCAUUUUCCUGUUUUAGUUCACAGAAAGGUGGAAAGCGUAUUGUACCUGCAUCUCGUAUGCCUGAGGGCAAUGCAUCAGCUGCCCAGCCAAAUGGUUCUCAAGCUGUUGCUGGGUUGACCAAUCAAGCUACUACAUUAGCUCCCUCGCUUCUAGCACCGCCUUCUUCACCAGCGUCAUUUUCUAAUUCUGCCCUCCCUUCAACUGCUCAAUCACCUAGUUGCUUGUCAUUAUCAGCUAACUCACCCGGAGGGCCGUCGUCCAUAAUGUUUGCCACUGGACCAUAUGCCCAUGAGACACAACUAGUUUCUCCUCCUGUUUUCUCAACCUUCACAACUGAGCCUUCCACUGCUCCUCUCACUCCUCCACCUGAGUUGGCCCACUUAACUACCCCCUCUUCACCUGAUGUUCCUUUUGCUCGGUUCUUGACCUCUUCUGCGGAUCUUGAAAGUGCGAAUAAGAAUCAUUAUAUUGCUGCAAAUGAUCUUCAAUCUACAUAUUCCCUUUACCCAGGCAGUCCUGCCAGUAGCCUCAGAUCACCAAUCUCUAGGACUUCAGCUGACUGUUUGUCGUCAUCCUUUCCUGAACGGGAGUUUCCUCCACAAUGGGAUCCUUCAAAUUCUCCCCAGAAUGGCAAACAUUCCAGGAGUGGUUCUGGCAGACUAUUUGUGCAUGAUGUAACUGGUUCCUCCAUAGGGUCUCAAGAUACUAAUUUCUUUUGUCCUGAUACAUUUGCACGAUUCUAUCUGGAUCAGAACCCACUUCCUCAUCCUGGUGGGAGAUUAAGUGUUUCGAAGGAUUCGGAUGUUUACCCUAUCAGUAGCAGUGCACAUCAAAAUAAGCAGAGUAAAAGUCCUAAGCAAGAUGUAGAAGAACUGGAAGCUUAUAGAGCUUCCUUUGGAUUUAGUGCAGAUGAAAUAAUCACUACUACUCAAUAUGUGGAGAUUAUUGAUGUUACAGAUGAUUCGUUUACAAUGACACCUUUUCCCAUAGAUAAACCUACUUUUGAAGAAAGUACGGAACUUGCAUCUGGUGACGAAGGACCGAAGGCAGAGAGGUUACAGGAAAACUCUCUGGGUGAUAUGAAACGAAAAUCAAAACCCAGUCUUGUCAAUUGGGCUGGACACCAUGACGUGCAAGUGUCAUGCAAUGGAUAUGAAGAUCACAAAUCAAGGAGACAGGUGGCUGAUGUCUCUGGAUCGAGUAUGCCUAUCAACCAUCCCUUGACCGAUGAAGAGGAUGUUGUACUUUUGAAGAAGAGUUCGUCGAGGAGCAGGAAACAUCAACUGGGCUUGUCAUGCUCUGAUGCAGAGAUCGACUAUAGGAGAGGAAGAAGCUUAAGAGAACGUAAAGGAGAUUUUGAAUUCCAUGACUAAGAAACAACCAACUUGAGAAACAUGCAAGUUAUCAGCUGCUUCCAGAUGUAGUAAAACUGCAGUUUAGUUAUAACUUGUGUUAAUGGUUCGUUCUUUCAUUUCUUUUUUUGUCCAUCUCCGGGUCAGGUGUCCGACCUGAUGUCUCUGAUUAUGAGUGUAAUUCUGUUAUAUUAACCCUACCUUCCUGCUUCACUAUGAUUUACAUGUUUUGUGAUGCAUGUAAUUAUAUCUAUAUUAUACUCUUGUAAAAUGCAAUUUACAGCUCAGUUUACAUUUUC